UUCAAAUAUCAAAUUUUUGGCCAAAUAUAACCCCGCCCCAUCCCUUCUUUUCUUGAUGACAGUCUAGUGAGUACAGAGAAAUGCUGAGAAGGAAACCCAGCAAAAUCGAAGUCAAAAUCGAAGACAAAGAAGAACUCGAAGAAGCUCGUAAACACGCCGCCCUCAUCGCCGCCGCUGCCGCCACUUCUUCCUCCCCAUCCCCCUCCACCGGCGCCUCCGCCACCGCCACCACCGGCGCCACCUCCCUCCUCCAACACUUCGACAGGUCCACCGCCGUAGAUCCCUCCACCAAAAACACUCGCAUCGGCCUCAAUUAAAAUCAUAUGGAAGUCGAAGUAAAACUCCGAUUACCAGACUCCUCCGCACAUCAAAAAGUCCUCUCACUUCUCUCCCCGUACCACAAAAAGACACAUCAUCAGCUUAACACUUUCUUCGACGGCGCUUCCGGCGAAUUGAGCUCGCAACGAGCAGUUCUACGUCUCCGAUUUUACGAGAAUCUCAAGGGUAAUACGGUAAUUAACAACAGUGUUAGUCGUGUUGGAGAGUAUAAAGAGGAAUCGAAAAUUGGAAAUGAAUGUGUUGAUGAUCCGAGGAAAUUGGCGAGGUCAAAAGAGGAAGAGAAUGUGAAAUGCAUGGUGUGUCUCAAGGGUAAAGCGGUAAUUGUUAACGGUGUUAGUCGAGUAGAAGAGGAUGAAGAGGAAUUAGAUUCGAAAAUCGGGUAUGAAUGUGUUGAUGAUCCGAGGAAAUUGACGGAGGUGGAGGGUUCUAGGGUUUUGAAAAGGGCAAAAGAGGAAUUUCAAGUUGGGGAAGGAGGGUUUAUUGGAUUAGGUGGGUUUAGGAAUGAGAGGAAUGUGUUUGAGUGGAAUGGUGUGGUGUUGGAGGUUGAUGAGACUAAUUAUGACUUUGGGACUUGUUAUGAGAUUGAAUGUGAAAGUUCGGAGCCUGAGAAAGUUAAGGAGAUGAUUGAGACGUUGUUGAAGGAGAAUGGUAUUGAUUAUAGCUAUUCAAAAGUGUCAAAGUUUGCGACUUUUCGCUCUGGAAAGUUGCCUUAAUUUGCCUCCUAGAUGGUAACCAUAUCUCGAAAGCUUGAAGUGUUCAUUGCCUCAAUAUUUUGCAGUUAAGUUUUACCAUCUAGCAUAUGAUUUGGUGGACGACUUGACAGCCAUGAAAUAAUAUUUUGUGGUUUCCUAAUCAUUUACCCUCCUUGCUAACAAGAGUUUCCUUAAACCUCUAGAAUAUUAGUUUCUUAUUUUAUUUUUGGGGUACUAUUUAGUGCAUAAACAUCUUCUAUUAGAUUAUGAACCUUAAUUUUGGACUGUAUGUUAAUCUUGAUAUAUUUCUCUGUUGUUAACUAAUUUGCCUGUCUUUCAA